GGUAGAGCCUCAGUCUGCGCUGCUGGCAGCCUGAGAGAACAGGUUAAAUAUAGAGCAGAGAGUCACCGCUGAUGACCUCAACCGACGGGUCUGACACCAGCUGAACAUCAGGAGGAUCAGGCUGGUUCUCCUCAGUAGCAACCUGCCGUCUGUCUGGUUUUCUCCUCAAACAGUGGCUGGAAGCAGAAAGAAUCCAAGUUGGGACUAAAGAGCAAAGCUGUUCCUGACGUGAGACGAUCAGCAGAGGCCUGAGGUCUGGAGCGAGCAGGAGAGGAAACAGGUGAAAAAUGAGAUCUUGGAGCUGCUCCACCGCAGCUUCAGAUGAUGGAUGCAUUCAGAAGCACACUAAAGGAUUCCCUAAGCAGAAACCGCUGGAGGAGGAGAAAGAAGCUCCAGACAUGAUGAAGAGGAGGAUAAAAGCUCAGAGACAGGAGAAGGAGGGGAGAACAGCAGCAACUAAAUCAGCAAAGAAAACUCCUGCGGAGAGCUGCAAAGCUAAGACACCGGAGCUGUCAAAAGAGGAUCUGAUUCACCUGCUGGGGGUCAUGGAAGGAGAAGUUCAGGCCAGAGAGGACAUCAUCAGGCUUCUGAAAUCAGACAGAACCAGACCAGAGACCCUAGAGGCCCAUUAUGGCUCCGCCUCUCCCUCCAAACCUCUGCAGGCGCUGCAGAGGGACGCUACACUUCUCCACGGCAAUCAAAGCACAGAGGAUGUGUACGAGAAGCCAAUGGCUGAGCUGGAUCGCUUGGAGGAGAAGCAGAAGGAGACGUACAGACGGAUGCUGGAGCAGCUGCUGCUAGCAGAGAAAUGCCACCGCAGGACCGUCAUGGAGCUGGACAAUGAGAAACAGAAACAUGUCGACUUCAUAAACAAGAGCGAUGACUUUACCAAUCUGCUAGAGCAGGAGAGAGAAAGACUGAAAAGGCUGUUGGAGCAGGAAAAGGUCUACCAGGCUCGGAAAGACAAAGAGCACAGCAGGAGGCUGGAGAAGGUCCAAGAUGAGCUGGUAAAGCUCAAGUCCUUCACGCUAAUGUUGGUGGAUGAACGGCAGCUUCACGUUGAGCAGAUUGAGCAGCAGAACCAGAAGAUCCAGGACAUCAGUCAGAAGCUGUUAGAAAAAGAGAAGCAACUGGCAGCUUCCAGUGAUUCUGCCAAGGAGGACGGACAGAAGGUGCUGAAGUUGGAGACUGAGCUGCAAGUCCAAAGAGCAAAGUUUAGUCAGGAGCACAAAGACAUGAACACCAAGCUGGCCAGCCAAGUGUCCCAAAACCAACAGCUUAGGCUGAAGCUGGAAGGGCUGACACAGAAUGUGGAGGAGCUGGAGCAGAGCAACAAAGUGCUCCAGAAAUCUGAGGAGGACCUGCAAGAGCUCAGGGAUAAGAUAAGCAGAGGAGAGCGUGGAAACUCCUCUCUCACAGCUGAGCUGGAGAAUCUGCGCAAGAAAGUCCUGGAGAUGGAGGAAAAAGAUGAGGAGUUGACCAAAACAGAGACUCAGUGCAGGGAGCUGAGGAAAAGGCUGCAAGACGAGGAGAAGCACAGAGAGGAGCUGAGGCUGGAGGUGGACAGGCUACAGAAGAAAAUGGUAGAGCUGGAGAAACUGGAGGGAGCAUUCGGCAAGAGCAAAACGGAGUGCUCCCAGCUUCACAUGAACCUGGAGAAAGAGAGGAAAGUGGUGAAGGAUUUGGGCAGCGAAAUGGAGAGACUAAGGACUCAGCUGAAGGAGUUGGAGAGCUCAGAGUCAAAGCUGGAGAAGGCAGAAAUGGUGCUGAAAGAAGAACUGAUGAAACUGAAAUCCUUCACCGUCAUACUGGCGGAGGAAAGAAAAGCUGUGGCCGAAAGGCUGAAGCAGGAGGAGCAGAAAAAUUACGAUUGGAGUGGGAUGUUGAAAGCAGAGCAGAGUAAAGUUACAGAAGUUACAGAGAAACUCAUAGAGGAGAGCAAAAAACUUCUCAAAUUCAAGUCUGAGACGGAAAUCCUAGUGGAGGGUCUAAUGCAGGAGAAAGUGGAGCUACAAUCCAAGCUAAGGAGCAGACAGGAAAUGUGUGACGAGCUGAAUGAACGGCUGACAGGGAUGAAGAUGAGAGUGGAUGAACUCGAGGAGUUGGAGAGAAAGUUGGCCACCAGGGAGCGAAACAGAAAUUCAGAAGAAGACAACAAAAUUAGAGAGCUCACAGGAGAAAUCGAUCGACUUAAAGGCAGGCUGAAGCAGCUGGAGGUGGUGGAAGGGGAUCUGAUGAAAUCUGAGGAUGAGUAUGAUCUGCUGCAGAAGAAGUUCAGGAAUGAGCAGGACAAAGCAAACACACUCGCUAAGCUGGUGGAGGAGAUGAAGAGUCAGAUCGCCAGAAACAAAGCUGUGGAGAGAGGUGAGACCAAGAGUCUGGAGGCCCAGCUCAGAAUCCGAUGCAAGGUGGAGGAGGCAAAAAGCAGAGAGCUGAGGGCUGAAGUUGUAGCCCUCAAGGAGAAAAUCCAUGAACUCAUGAACAAGGAGGACCAGCUCUCCCAGCUGCAGGUGGACUUCUCUGUCCUCCAGCAGAGGUUUGCAGAGGAAGUGGAGAGGAAGAGAAACAUGAGUCUAGAUUUGGAGAAUCUUACUAAGGAGCUGGAAGCCACAAAACGCUACAGCCGAGCCUUGAGGCCCAGUUUGAAUGGGAGGAGAAUAGUGGAUGUCCCCGUGACCUCCACAGCAGUCCAGACAGAAGUGCUGACCAAUGGGUCGGCUGAGGAAGAGACUACUGCCGGUUUCAUCAAAAAAUCUGUUCUAGAGGAGAACCACCUGAUGAACAACCUCAGAGAACAUAAGCAAAGAAGGCCAGCAGUUCUUGACCGAUAUCCUCAUGCAUCAGCAGAGCAUGGAGGGAGAAUGCCCUGGAUGAACAAUAAGGAGGCCAUCACGCUGACUCAGACCAUUCCUGGGAAGAGCAAUGAUUAUUUCUCGACGCAUCCACCACAAACCCCCCCGAAUCUGGGACAACCUCUACACAUCCGCGUGACACCAGACCACGAGACCAGCACAGCCACCUUAGAAAUCACCAGCCCAAGAUCUGAGGACUUCUUCUCCAGCACCACCAUCAUCCCAACUCUUGGUCCUCAGAAGCCUCGCAUCACUAUCGUCCCCAAACCCACAAUCGUGACCAGCAAGACGAAAGGAUGGGAUGUUACUAGAGAUCCUGAUCGAACCAAGUCUCCGGUCACUAUAACCACCAUCUCCAGGACCAAAAGUCCAGAGAAGCCCUGCAGCAGGAGCAGCCCUGGGAUCCUGCAGUCGCCUGUUUCCAUCAUCGCGGUCAGCACCACCCCUGUAGCCGAGGUCUGUGCUUCAUCUGACCCUCACGAGAACAUCACCAAGCCAACGUUGAUCAAGAUGACGUCUGGGAGGCCCCCAGAGCUGGCAAGGCAUUACAACAGCAACAUCAUCACUACAGAGGACAAUAAGAUUCACAUCCACCUGGGGUCACAGUUUCAGAGGAACUCAGGGGACUGCAGCAGCCCCGCUUUAGCUCUCCGGCCAACAGGAAGUGGCCCUGAAUGCCAGGAAACAUCGACGGGGACAGUACUCCGCAGUCCCCGCCAAGCCUCAACGGUGAAGACCUCUCAGAGCAAGAUGACAAGCAGCAUCACCAUCAACCCCAUCACCUCAGCGGUGUGCAGGCCAACGCAGUCCGUGAUCAGCUCAGAUGUGCAACCAGCUCGGGGCGCGGCCACCCGGAUCCCCGUGUCCAAAGUGGUGAAACCCAAUGGGAAGACGGUUCUGGGUGUGUCUGCAGUGACGAGGCUAGAGUCGAGGGCUGAAGGCCAGGCCAUGAAGAUCGAGCUGAGGAAGUCUGCGUUGUGCAGCUCCGCCUCUGCAGCAGGAGGAAAGACCUGAAGACGUCCCACAGUGGGAAGCCUCAGAGGAACCGUGUCUUCUCACUCUUUGGACUUUGGCUGCUUUGGUUUGCUCCUUAAAAUGGUCGCAGAUCAUAUCGAAUUCCCAGCAGGAGCCUGGUUCUGUUCGGUUCUGCUGAUUUCUGUCUGCUCAUCGUUCAUGUCGGAUACCACAUGAUGAUUUCACUGCCAUCGUGGAGGUUUGCACUUAAUGAUGCACUGUGAAAUCAAUUAUGACCAGAACUUAAAUAAAACCUAUUUAUUUAAA